AUGGCUGGGGCAUGCAGUCUGGGCCUGCCCCUGGUGCUGCUGCUGGCUGUGGCGAGGGCCUCCUCGCCUGGCACCGUAGUCCGACUCAACAAGGCAGCACUGGAUUACGUGUCGGACAUCGGGAAAGCCCCCCUCCAGCGGGCCUUGCAGGUCACUGUCUCUGAUUUCCUGGAUCCAAGUGGUGAGGUGCCCCAGUCUACCAGGGUCCAGAUUCUGGAUGUCCACCUGCCCCAUCUCCACUUGAAGUUCAUUGCUGGUUUGGGGGUACGCUUAUCUGCAGCAUCCAAUUUCACAGUCAAAGUGUUUCGCGUCCCAGAGCCCAUGGAGCUGGUGCUGCCUGUGACCUUGGUGGCUGAUGUGCACGUGGCCCGGGACUCCAUUGGGACCCCUGUGCUCAGCAUCCCUGCCUGCUCUUCAGUCUUCAGCCCAGCCAGGAUGCUGAAGGGACGUAACAGCACCUCCCAGGAGCUGCUGGACCUGGUGCAGGAGCACAUGAAAGCUGACCUGAGCAACAAGUUGUGCUUGCAUGUCUCUGGCCUGGUCCAGGACCUCAAUGUCCACUUGGGCACCUUAAUAGGACUGAGUCCUGUGGGGCCCGAGUCUCAGAUCCGCUACUCCAUGGCCAGCGAGCCCACCAUCACCACUAACUACAUAUCCCUGGAUGUCAGAGCUAUGCUCUUCCUGCUUGGCAAACCCAUCCUCCUGCCUCUGCACGGUGCUUAUCCCUUUGUGUUGCCAUGGCCGUCGGGUAACGAAGGAGCCAUGGCAACCGUGGGGCUCUCCCAGCACCUGUUCGACUGUGUCCUCCUGUUGCUGCAGAAAGCCGGCUCUCUCAACCUGGACAUCACGGGGCAGCUGAAUUCAAAGAACAACCCUCUGAACACGUCCACGCUGGGCCAGCUGAUCCCUGAGGUGGCCCACCAAUUCCCUGAGCCCAGGCCCGUGGUACUCAAGGUGCAGCUGGGCGCCACACCCAUGGCCACGCUCCACACCAACAACUCCACUCUGAAGCUGCAGCCCUUUGUGGAGGUCUUUGCUGCUUCCCCCAACUCAGCCUUGCAUUUCCUCUUCUCCCUGGAUGCGAUAGUGAACCUGAGCCUUCAGCUCUCCGUGUCUAAGGCGAAGCUUCGGGGGACCACAUCUGUAUUGGGGGAGGUCCAGCUCUCUGUGGCCACCUCCAACGUGGGCUCCAUUGAUAUGGAUCAAGCGUACACACUCAUAAGCACUGUGUUUCAGAAGCCCCUGCUGGAGCACCUCAAUGCUCUGCUGGGCAUGGGGAUUGCCCUCCCCAGCGUGCUCAAUCUCCAUUAUGUCCGCUCUGAGGUCUCAGUCCUCGAGGGCUACGUUGUGAUAUCCAGUGGACUUGCCUACCAGCGCUGA